CAUGUCAAAAUCAGGCAGCUCAUUAACAACGACUUCAUUGGACCUUGAAUUAAACCUGCUUGCGCCUCUGUUGCGUCAGCUUCAGCCUCGCCGCGCAUCACUCUCAUCAGACAAUUGUUAGAGCGAAGCUCAUAAUAAGCUUAACUCCAUAACAUAUCCUUCGGAAACCAGCCCCAUCAACAGCCUCCGCCAAAAUGACGCUGAUUCCAGCCGAUACCAAGGACGAGAAACGACCGUUGGAGAAUGCAUACGCUGCACCACCUCGCGCAACGACAAACCCGUUCCCAAACCCAAUUAUCCAGAACCAAACAUACUCAGAAUCAGACUUCGAUGAACAUCCUCCUCCUUACACGCCCACAGACUCGCUCUCCUCAUCAACACGUGAUUUGCCUCCUAUCAGAAAUCCCGAACCAUUCACGGGUUUCACGACUACUCCUGCACAGAAGAUUCCAGAGUCCAAUGCUAUCAAUGCGCAUACGGCUGUGAACAUCACUGGGCCGUUGCACAUCCUUGGAGCUGUGAAAUCGAGCUCUAAUGUUACGUUGGCGAAGAACAUCCUCGUUGACGAAAAGGUGUCGUCUUCGUCGUGGAUUUUGCUAGAGAAGGAUGUUGAAGUUAGAGGGAAGGUGGAUAGUAGUGGGAAGAUUACUUUACGAGAUAGGGUCAAGGUUGGUGGGAAGGUUGAUGCUAGUGGUUCUAUCAUUAUCCAAAACGGCGUCCGUGUUGGCGAGAAGGUUGAUGCGAGUGGAAGUAUCAAUAUUGAUGGAGGAGAGCAGGGUGUUUCGAUUGCGGGCAAGGUCUCUGCUAGCGGGCGUGUGGAUAUCACGGGUUGGGUCGAAAUCGGAGGUGAUGUGCAGGCCAGUGGACCUGUUAAGAUUCGGAACUAUGGUACCCAAGGCGUGAAGAUCGGAGGCAAGAUCUCUUGCAGCGGUGGAUGCACGAUUGAAGGAGAUAUGACUACCGAGAAUCUCGACAUGUGUGCUACACUAAAGUUGAAUGGUCGAUUACAUGUUCGAGGCGACUUCGAAGCAAAGGGAUCGGUCAAGAUGAAGAAGGGUAGUCAGCUGAUCGUCGACGGCAAGCGGACUAUACAUGGAAGCAUAGUCGAGGUUAAUAAUCUAUGAGUAAAAGUGCUUGGAGUUCGUAGAGGUGCAGAUACAAUGAUAUUGUCUCAGCGAGCCACGCUUGCGGGCGUUUUUGCUGUGUCACGUGUUUCAUAUCCUUAUGACCCUUGAAAGUUCUAUUUCUUCCAGGUACUUU